UUUCCAUAAAAAAAAUGGUCACUUUUUAAAAUAUAUUUGAAUGUCUUAAUGCUUUUAGUUUUUUACGGAUCGGCUCAGAGAACAUUUUGAUCGAUUGAGUUAUUAAUUUAACUGAUUCAAAAUAAAUAAUAACCUAUUACAUAAUUACGGCCAUGUACAUUUCGUUUUAGGUUUGUAGUGAAAAACACAUGUGCCGACCAUAGGGGCCGACGGAUCUUGCAGAACGCUGUCAUUGGUUCCGCAUACUGCCAUUGUUUCCUCCGGAAGAAUAUCGGGCGGACAAUAACAGGAGAGCAGAAACGUAGGGUGUUGUUCUCUGAGAAAAAAUGUCAAUCUGACCUCAGAAAAACAACAUGCUUGCAGCCAAGCUGACCAGCCAGUUACCUCUGGAUACCCUGAGGAGGAUUCAUCAUGGAACUUCUUACCGCUGUCUCUACACCCUGUCGAACAUCUUCCUUCACACGGAGGGACGGAGGACGAGAGAUGCAAGUCUCCUCUCUGAUUCCAGUGCACUGAGAAGAGGGUUUUACAGCCAGAGUGCUUUCCGCCCAACAUUUAGACUACGAGACACACAGCAAUAUGGGAGAAGAUCCAUCAGUCUAUCCGCUGCUACAAUAGUGAACUCAGCACCAAGGCCAAUCCAGCCAUACCUCAGAUUGAUGAGGCUGGACAAACCUAUUGGAACAUGGCUGCUCUACCUCCCAUGUGCAUGGAGCAUUGCAUUGGCUGCAGACCCUGGACACCUCCCACAUUUAGGCAUACUCACCCUGUUUGGUACGGGUGCGCUGCUGAUGAGAGGAGCGGGCUGCACUAUUAAUGACAUGUGGGAUAAAGACUUUGACAAAAAGGUGUCCAGGACGGCCACUCGACCCAUUGCAUCAGGGGAGAUUUCUCAGAGGCAGGCCCUCGUCUUCUUAGGAGGACAGCUUUCUCUGGCACUUUGUGUUCUCUCGUGUCUCAACUAUUACAGCAUAGCCUUGGGUGCUGCCUCGUUGUCUCUAGUCAUCUCCUAUCCACUGAUGAAGAGGAUCACUUACUGGCCGCAGUUUGUGUUAGGCCUCACUUUCAACUGGGGGGCGCUGCUCGGCUGGUCGGCCGUCAAGGGCUUCUGUGAUUGGUCUGUGUGCCUCCCGCUGUAUUUCUCAGGAGUGAUGUGGACGCUGAUAUAUGACACAAUAUAUGCACAUCAGGAUAAGGAUGACGACGUCAAGAUCGGAGUGAAGUCUACUGCGCUGAGAUUCCAGGAGCAGACCAAACCUUGGCUGAGUGGCUUCACGGUGGCCAUGUUGUCAGGCCUGGUGGUAGCCGGAGUCAAUGCUGAACAGACCCUCCCUUACUAUGCUGUUCUGUCCACAGUGGCUGUUCACCUCACGCAUCAGAUUUACACAUUGGACAUUCACAAACCAGAGGACUGCUGGAAGAAAUUUGUGUCAAACCGAAACCUUGGAUUGUUGCUGUUUUUAGGCAUUGUCGCUGGAAAUCUGUGGAAAGAAAGAAGAGAGAAUUUGCUACAAAAUGAAGAGGAAGUCAGAUAAGUGACACAAGCAGAACUAUUAUUCAUUUUGAUUACAUUUUCAGUACUUCACAAUGCUUCACAUUAUACUUCUGGGAACAAAGCUCUGUGAGAGAAACAUGAUGAACUGAUUUGAACCCUGACUGUAAUAUUAUUGGUUACUUUUGUUUGACUAUUGAUUGAUAACAGUUGUACAGAGAAAAGGGAAGAGAGAGUAUGUCAGACGAGCCAAUGGGUAGAGUUACAUUCAUAUCCCUGCUGCUGAGGGAAACACCUCUUGGUACAUACAAAAUAUAAUUUGUGCUGCUGAUUGAAACUCUAGUGGCUGCACACAUUCACACAAAAAUCAGCUAAAUGGAGUGACGAUAAACCAGGCAAAUCCUUUAUUUGUUGUGACAAAAUGUGCUUCUUUUUUUUCAAUUGGCAGUAUCGGUAUUGGUUUAUAACUUGUCAAAAUCACCAUAAAUAAAUAUAAAGUAUAAAAGAAACAAACAAAAAAGGUUCAAUUCCAAAUUGUCUGUCAACUAUCUGAGUAAUGGGCCCGAUAGACAUAUUAUAUAAUAUUUUACACUUUUCAUGUGUAUGUUUAAUUGGUACUGACCAAUCAAAAAUGCUGCUAAAAGAUCUGUGUGUGAAGAAGUUCAAAUAAAAAUAAGAAGUAUCAGUAAUACA